AUGCGACUCCAGAUUAUUACUGUUGCCACCUGUUUUGUCUAUGGUGCUCUGACCAACUUGGCGGAAGCCCACAACCAGAAGAUUUCCGCCCGUGGGGUAAAGAAUCAAACUUUUGGACAAUGCGUUGACCGCUGUUACGCAACCAGAUUUUAUGGGAUGGACAUUCCUCCUACUCCUAGCAAAUUCAAGGAUCUUUACCGUCACGAUGCUCACAUGGUAUUCAUUGAUACACUUUGUCAUGACCACUGCGCUGUCAUCAUGGAGGAACUGCAGGCGAUUGCUAUUAGGAAAGUGGAGGAGAAAAUAAAGGCGGAACGGGAAGCGGAACGGGAAGCGGAACGGAAAGCGCAACGGAAAGCGGAACGGGAAGCGAAACGGAAAGCGCAACGGAAAGCGGAACGGGAAGCGUAA